AUGUCUUCCCGUCUCGCUCAAAUCUCUUCCCACUUGACUGUCCAGCCCACCGCUGCCCAGACCUCGUCCAUCCUCACAAAGAUUGGCGUCAAGUCCCCCGAGGAUGUUGUCAUUGUCGAUGCCGUCCGCACCCCCAUGACCCGCGGCAAGAAGGGUGGCUUCAAGGACACCGUCCCUGAGGAUCUUUUGGCUGCCGUCCUCGUCGCCAUCAAGGAGCGCAACAACAUCGACCCCGCCAUCGUUGACGAUAUCUGCGUUGGUAACGUUCUCCAGGCUGCCGGUGGUGCCACCGUCUCCCGCAUGGCUGCUCUCUAUGCCGGAUACCCCGAGAGGACCUCCAUCUACACCACCAACCGUCAGUGCUCCUCUGGAUUGCAGGCCGUUGUCAACAUCGCCACCCACAUCCAGGCUGGUUUGAUCGACAUCGGUAUCGGUGCCGGUGUUGAGUCCAUGACCAUGGGAUACGGUCCCUCUGCCAUGGCCCCCCAGACCUCCGAGAAGAUCCCCGAGGCCUCCGCUGCUGCUGCCGACUGCCAGCUCCCCAUGGGUAUCACCUCCGAGAACGUCGCAUCCGAAUUCAACGUUACCCGUGAGAAGCAGGACAAGUUCGCUGCUCUUUCCUUCCAGAAGGCCGCCCGCGCUCAGGCCGAGGGCAAGUUCGACCACGAGAUCGUCCCCGUCAAGACCAUCAUCAAGGAUGCUGAGGGUAACGAGAAGGAGGUCACUAUCUCCAAGGAUGACGGUGUCCGUGCCGGUACCACCUUCGAGAGCUUGUCCAAGCUUCGCCCUGCCUUCGAUGGUGCCACCACCGCCGGUAACGCCUCCCAGGUUUCCGAUGGUGCCGCCGCUGUUCUCUUGAUGAAGCGCAAGACCGCCGAGAGACUCGGACUCCCCAUUGUCGGCAAGUACAUCGCCUCUGCAGUUGUCGGAUGCCCUCCCCGUAUCAUGGGUGUUGGUCCCGCCGUUGCUAUCCCCGCCGUCCUUAAGAAGAUCGGCAAGGAGGUCAAGGAUAUCGAUAUUUUCGAGUUGAACGAGGCUUUCGCUUCCCAGGCUAUCUACUCCAUUGAGACCUGCGGUAUUCCUUUGGAGAAGGUCAACCCCAACGGUGGUGCCAUCGCCAUGGGCCACCCCUUGGGAUGCACCGGUGCCCGCCAGAUCGCCACCUUGCUGCCCGAGUUGAAGCGCCAGGGCAAGAAGCUCGGUUUGACCACCAUGUGCAUUGGUAGCGGUAUGGGUAUGGCUGCCGUCUUCGAGCGCGAGUAA